UAACCCUCUACUGCAUUAUUACAUUAUAUUCUAUUAUUUAGCUGCUCAACUUUCACUAUUUCAAAUAGGUAAAAUAAGAAUGUGCAUAUUUUUAGUACUUACCAGUAUCAUUUUAUUCAUUAAUGUAUAGUAAAGAAAAUAAACUACAGUUUUCCUUUCAAAAACUGUGAGCUGACCUUGAGAAUUUUGUGUCUCUAGAAAGUCUCUUAGCAACAGCAGGAAGCCCAGAAUGCUGAGAGAGAGAGAGAGAGAGAGAGAGAGAGAGAGAGAGAUGCACAGCUGUCUGCAAACAGGUUCCUAUGAAAACGUGACCUCUAAGUAGAAGCCAUUUCAUCAAACAUUACAGACUCACAGUCUCAAAUAUACUUGUGAAUACAGUGCAGUGAUGUUUCCUGUGUCUUCAUUAAGCAGCAAAGCUUCUAGUAGUACCUCUCUACUGUCCUUGCAUAGCCCAUUGGAAGAGACAGAUUCAGAAGGUCCAGAGAACCAAAAACAGUGUACCAUGGUGUCCUCCCUUCCUUUGCCCUGUUGGGCAACGCAGGCUCUCUGUGAUUUAGCAGUUAGCGAGACAGAGCUCAGGAGGCUUCGAGAGCGGCAGGCAGUAGAGGCUGAGGUAGUGAGCCGGGGGGUAGAACGUGCUCUGAUGGGAGCACAACGGGAGGAACGUCGCCUGCUUGAGAGAGUGGAACAGGAUCAUCGAGAUCUACAGCGUAGACUGGAGCAGUUGCAAAGGGACAAUGCAGCAGCUAUUCGAGUCGGGCAAACACUUAUAAAUCAACGCCUACGCAAAAUCUGUCAAUUACGAGAUCAAAUAAAAAAUUCCAAUGAAAAAAAUGCAAGUGGAGACAAGGGUAGGGCUGAAGUGGUCCUGAAGCAUGAUUUACUUCUCAAGAAUGUAGCAGAUCUUCUCCAGCCAUGGGAGAUUUCACUUGCUCUCAAACGUGUUUCUUUCAAGCCCAGUGCUCUACCAAAUGCUGUCACAUUCGGGGAGAUUAAAGUACAGGACCAUGUUGUUAAUUACCCUGUUGCUGCCUGUGGGAUACAAGGACAGCUGUGUUCCCUUCAUGCCUCCAGAGGUCAAUGUGAUAAAUGGGCGGAGCCAGAAAAAGGAGGUAGGAGCAUGCCUGAUGGAGCAGGGUCUGUACAUAACCAAGUUCUUUCAUCAAAUAUUUGUGGGAGCCAAAGAGCUGUACGAAAAAUCAAACUGUCAGCCCAAGGUGAUGAAGAAUCUAGUGAAGAUGCAAAACCACUGUCGCUACAUUUGGGCCAAUUGCACUCAAAGCUGGUCCCUAGUGAGCAUGAAUCAUCACUGGAGGAAAAGUGUGAAUCACCCACAUCCGAAUCCAAAGGAGAUGAGUUUUUCCUGGCUGUACCAGCAUUGCUUAGUAACAUGCAGUCAGAAGGGGAAGAAUAUGUGUAUCAGCAAAAUGUAUCAAUUCAACCUUUUGCUCUAGAAGCAGCAAGGAAGCAGGUGGAAUCUCCAUCCAUAGAAAGAGACCAUCAGCAACAGAAAGGUCCAUUUUUAUUUCAUUUUGAUUAUGAGGGCCCAAAGACUGAUAGGCAGCAACAUAACUCCUUUAAGGGAAGAUCUCAAAAUAACUAUUGCUCAAUGCCAUGCUCCAAGACCCAUAGAGAUCCCAACUCUAUCCACAGCUGCCAGGAUCUGCUAUCUCACACUAAUACAUCCUUAAGUGACCAUGGAUAUAAUCGUGCAUCUUCUCCUGCUGACAGUGUUGAUUCUGCAUAUACAUUCAUUGUCAGCUCCCCUAGAAACCAUAGCACUCCAAAUCAUCGACUCUCUAGAUCCAGUGGUGAGCUUUCUUGUACACUCAUCAAUGGAAAAGAGCAAUCAAGCAAAUGGAUGGUCAGUAGGCACCAGCAGUCCUCUGCAUCACGGAGUAAAUCCUCCCCCAGUCAUGGAAAAUAUUCACAAAAAGAGAACCCUCAGUAUAAAAGCCGUUCUUAUGGAGUUUCACGUUCACUGUCUAUGUCAGUCAUUGAUGGGUCCUCCAAUAAUAUGUUAAACCAGCACUUAAUCGCUGGGCAAAAACAAAUGGAUGGGGAGAAGCUCUGGGGAGAGAGAAGUGAACCAGUCUUACUGGAAUUUGAAGAGGAUGCUCAAAAAUUGCCAACAGAGGAAAUGCGUCUUGUUCGCCAAUUUGGUAAACAGGGAUCAGGACGUUCAGAUCUUACUCUGCCAAGUGGUGUCCAUGCUACACCGCAGGGUCAACUUUUCUUGGUGGAUUGUGGGAAUGCUCGUGUUCAGGUAAUUGAUCAGUAUGGCAAUGUUUUUCAACAAGUGACUUCCCCAGGUAACUACCAUGGAGGCUCUUCAAAAUCCUGCCGCAAUUACUUUGACGUGGCUGUUAAUUCCAAAGGACUCAUUGCCUUGAGCUGUGCUGCUGAACGAGCCCUCCUUAUUUUCAACCGACAUGGACGCCUCCUCCAAACCUUUGGAGGGGGGCCUUAUAUUGCGGGGGUGCCACGAGAUGAGCUCGAAGCACCGAGGGGAGUGACAGUGACACAAAAGGAUGAGUUCCUUGUUGCAGAUAUUCGUAAAGGCACAUUAACUUCCCUUAGACUUGAGCCAAAAACUGGCUCAAGGCUGGAGCGAACAGUAGUAACUGGAUUCCACAGACCUUACUUAGUAACAGCGUGUCUACACACUGGUCUUGUUGCAGUGUCUGAACGGGGCAGUGAGACUGAUCAAGAACCCUGUGUGAAGGUUCUGGGACCUGAUUGGAAUAUUCUACGCAUUUUGGGAGUUUGUUCUAGCAUGGGACCUGUCCUCACCAGCCCUUGGGGACUUUGUAUUGACCGCGAUGGAGCAGUGCUAGUAGCAGAUUGGGCGGAGCAGCAUCGUGUGGUGCUAUACCCCCCUGUUGGGAUAGGCAGAAAAAUGGUAACUGAGGGACUUAGCAGCCCCCGAGGACUUGCCUUGCUACCCAAUGGGUUCUUGGUGGUGUCAGAUAGCAUGCACCACUGCAUCAAGAUAUACCAGUACAAAUAAAUCAUUGUUUUAAACCAAAUGAAAGGUCCUGGCUGCUAAGUUUAUUGUACUAAACAUAAUUCUGAAUUAUGUUUUUCUAUCUAAAUAUUCGUUUUAGUUUUUGUUUAUAGUAUACGAUUCUGAUAUUAUUUA